AUUAACUUGGGAGAAGAAGGUACAUGCUUAUAUGAAGUGGGGACUUUCUGAGGAACAGAUUAGUGAAGCUUUUCGGAAGAACCCUUGGAUUAUGGCAUGUUCUGAAGAAAAGAUUCUACUGGAAAUGGAAUUUUUUGUAAACAAAAUGGGUUUAAAGCCUUCUGAUAUCUUUAGUAACCCUGUGAUUAUAACGCUUAGUUUGGAGAAGAGAAUCAUUCCUAGAUCUCUUGUUUAUCAGACAUUGGCUGCCAAAGGUUUAUUUAUGAAGGAACUAAAGCUACUUGUUAGGAUGUUGAGAGCGCCCGAAGAGAAGUUUCUAAUGAAGUAUGUGAAAUGUUAUGAGAACGAAGUUCCUGACCUGAUGAAGCUAUAUCAGACGUCUGGGCCAAUGGCGGUGCCAAAUUAGACCUUCUCGUAUUGAUUACUGAGAUGACAGGCUUCCUGAGGUUUCCUCCAAUUUGCCUUAUUAUUUUGGAAAGAUCAUAAUCUUGCAGUUUUCUCAUGGUAACUUUGUUCUAACUUCUAGGUGGUAGUAGGUGGUAGUAGUAGUAGUAAGCCAUUGAGCUAAGAAGUUUUAAAUGAAUAUGUGUUGCAGUAGACAGAUCUGCUACUUGUGAAGCCACAAUUCAACAUCCAAAUUGUAUUAUCUUUUGACCAGAAAAUACAGACCUGUUUGGGAAUCUAAUCCCGUAAUACUGCUAUUUCCGCAAUACUGUUAAGAGCCGGUGGAGCCAAGAGAGUAUCAUUCCAGGCCACAGUGGCACAUGGCAGUAGCACUGCUAUUGAGUAUUGACACCAGUGCCAGACUAGCAAUUCUGCCUCCAACGGCCGCGGGGAUGGAUAAGAGAACUGUAACAAACUAGCAACCACUGUUGGUGGCGACGCCGGGUAAUAGCAACCAUGCUGCUACCACUUUCGUUCUGUUACUGUUGUCUUUAUUUGUAGAAACUAGAAAGUGAUGAUGAUGAUAUUUUUUAAGUUUAUAACUUUGUUCAUACAGUUCUAAUGUACUCCUCCCAAAGAUAUACAUUUCAUCCUCUCUAAUAACCAUUGAGUUCCACCACCAUUGCCAAACUUCGGCCAUUGGGUUCCGGUUAUUGCCAC